AUUAAUCAAUAACAAAGAAGGCUUAGAAAGAUAUUUCAACUUGUUUUUCAGAACUUUUUUCCUUGACUUGUGUCACCUCGAUUAUUCGGCAUAGUUUCUUCAUUUCUCUUAUUUUAAUUGUUAAAAUGAAUGCCUACGAUAGAGUCUUGUACAAAGUGGUGUGGAAACUGUUGAUGACCAUUGACUGCAGGGUGAAGAACAGAUUCAUACUUGACCUGCUGGUGGAAGAGUUGCGAAUCAUAAUCCGUUUUAUUGCCACUCGCACCACCAAUGCGUCCAAUCACGCCGGACGCACUGUGCCCACUCUCUUUGAUCUGGAGCGCACCUUUAGGCAGCUGGGAUUUGUCGCGUAUCACGUCAGAGACACUCAGUGCCGCAGUUAUAGCUACCGCCUAGGUGGCCCUGUCAAGUGUCCGGAUCCACAGACACGCGACGAAGACUUCCACAGGGGACCGGAGCCAAUGUUGACGGAGACCAGCAUCCGCGAACUGCCUGUCAGCUCCCACAUCCCUGACCAUUUCCCGCCCUUUCCGGGGGCGCACUCCUUCAAGGGCACGUCGAUAAAGAAAAGUAGGAAGAAAACCUAUUCGGCGGUGCGUAAGGGACAUGCCUUGAACCAGCACUGGACCCAGAGUGCCCUCAAUAAGUUUUACUUGGGCUCUGAGCCGUAUCUCUCGCUGAACGGCAACCACAAGGCGGCGGAGAGCAUCUUCAAGGUCCUGGUUUUGGAUCCUCGCGAGAAAAUGGCCUGUUUGGAUGCGCUAAUGCCACGCAAUGAAAUCUUAAAGAUAGAUGUAUACGAGGACAAGGAUGAGAAAAACCCAUUAGCCUCGCAGUGCCCCUUCCUGAUGGAGCCAAAGAUGGAGAGUACUCACCAAUACGAUGGUAUGGAGGAUAUAAUAAUGCACGUGGAACCCAACGUUAUGGAGAUGGACUCCUCGUCCGAUGACGAUGAGAUUAACUGGUCAAUGCCCGACUGAAAAAUGAAUUAAGCUGCUGCACACGAAAUGCUUCCAUUACACAGACACACAACACAGACUCACGAAAAAGUGUGAGAAAAAUAAAUUCAUUUCAAUUACA